AUGGCGUCUGAGGCAUCUCAUGCGCCUGUGCGCAUCUCCAAGAUUGCGGAUCGUUACCUCGUCUUCGACGCUGAAGAUGUGGCCGUGAUCCGACGCAGUCACAAUAUGUGCUCGGUGCUAGUGGGCACCACGCCUCAGAACCCAACCCAGAAUGUGUUUCUCAGCUUACCUCUGGAGUUGCUGCCCGAAGAAGCGAGUGUGUUGGUCGAGAAGAAGGUAGGCCGUCUAGUCGACGAGACGUCGCAUCACCUAUCUACCCUGCGGUCCACGGACAAGAGCACCCGUCAGGAGUAUAUCGGUCUUCUGAAGGACCGUCGGAACCAGGCACAGAAACUAGUGUCUGAAGAGCAGGCCAAGAAGGUUACGGAGCAGGCGCGCAGAGCUGCUGAUGCCAAGUCGACAAGUGCCACGAAGUUGGGCGACCAAGGGCCCGCCACAACGUCGACACAGGACAAGUCGUUAACCGUGACCCUCACCACCAGCGGUGGCCUAGAGUCUUCAGCGACAGAGACCAUGCCGGUCCUGCCUCAGCCUCCUCUCGGCCCGCUCCAUCAGCACUUGCAGUCAAAGGGAUACUUCAUGACGCCCGGUCUCCGGUUUGGUGCCGACUACAGCGUUUAUCCAGGUGAUCCGUUACGCUACCACGCUCACUUCCUCGCCACGAAUUACGAAUGGGAUGAGAAGAUUCCGAUGCUCGAUGUCGUGGGCAGCGGUCGCCUCGGUACUUCGGUCAAGAAGGGUUUUUUGCUCGGUGGCGAGGUUGCUGCUGCCGAGGAUGCUACGACAAAAGAGGUUCGCACAUUUUGCGUUGAGUGGGCUGGGAUGUGA